GCCGCUGGAAGGAUUUAUUUACACUCUGACAUCCUUACAGCGAAUAUUUCCUACUCACUCUGGACCUUUAUUUAGUGUUUUGUGCAAGCCGAGGCCCAUUACAGAGCUCGCUAAUCUGCAGCUAGCUCCAAAGCUAACUGGCACUAAUCCAGCAAUGUUCACAACAAAACAGAGCCGCUGCUGACCUGUUGGAUGAAUUACGUCUGCUGUGUUGUGGUAUCGGGGUUUAGAAUUAAAUGCUUCCUCAUUUUUAUGGCGCUAGCUGGCUAGGUUGUUCCUGUUAACUUAGGUUUCCUGAGCUGUGCUGUGAAGGAGUGUAGCUUGUAGCCAUAUUAUUUCUGAGCUGCACAAUACUGCAGUGCCUUACACAGUACAUUAGCGGCUGCUGAUCCAUCCUUUUAAAAAGCUGUAAAACACAAGGCGGAGCGCAGUUCGCGCCCGGAGCGCAAGAGGAGAGACUCGUUCGGGAUGUUUGAUGGCUAUGAGAGCAGCGAGGAGUCGAGCAGCAGCUCCAGCUCAGAGGACAGUGAGGAUGAAGUGCGCAGCAUUCCUGCCAGCCUGCCCAUUAUCAAGAACAAUGGCCAGGUGUACACCUACCCAGAUGGAAAGGCCGGGAUGGCGACUUGUGAGAUGUGCGGGAUGGUUGGAGUACGAGAUGCUUUCUACUCAAAAACAAAGAGGUUCUGUAGUGUGUCCUGCUCCAGAAGCUAUUCCUCCAAUUCUAAAAAAGCCAGUAUACUGGCAAGACUUCAGGGUAAACCACCAACAAAAAAGGCAAAGGUCUUACAAAAACAGCCUCUAAUGGCAAAGUUGGCAGCUUAUGCACAGUAUCAAGCAAAUCAGCAGAGCCAAUCUAAAUCAAAAUCAGUGGUUCCUGUUGAGGGCUUUGACUGGGGUCAAUACAUUUGUAGCAAUAACCUGGUCGGAGCGCCAGUAAGCUGUUUUAAGCAUGUACCCAUGGGUACUUUUUGGGGUGACAUCACUGAGGGUGUGAGGGUAGAGGUCCUCAAUUCUGACACACACCUCUCUACCAAAGUUUACUGGAUAGCAGGGAUUGUUAAAUUGGCAGGUUUCAAAGCACUUCUACGAUAUGAGGGAUUUGAUAAUGACUCGAGCCAUGACUUCUGGUGUAAUCUCUGUAUACCGGAAGUCCAUCCUGUUGGAUGGUGUGCCUCAAAUGGAAAACCCCUGGUACCUCCCAAAUCAAUCCAACAUAAGUGCGCUAACUGGAAAGCGUUUCUUGUGAAGCGACUCACUGGAGCCAAAACUCUCCCGCCUGAUUUUGCUACUAAGUUGCAGGAGAGCACGCAGUACCCAUUUAAGAAGCUAAUGCGAGUAGAGGUGGUUGAUAAGACUCACCUCUGCCGGACACGUGUGGCCCUGGUGGAGCAGGUGAUCGGCGGCCGUUUGCGACUGGUCUAUGAGGAGAGUCAGGACGGCACGGAUGACUUCUGGUGUCACAUGUACAGCCCACUCAUCCAUUCUAUUGGCUGGUCAAGGAGUAUUGGACAUCGCUUCAAAAGAUCUGAUGUGUCAAAGAAAAUAGAAGGCCUGAUGGAUGCCCCCUCCCAGUUAUUUAUGAAGGUGAAGGAUGUGGACCAGAGUGGGGAGUGGUAUAAAGAUGGCAUGAAGUUGGAGGCAAUAGACCCUCUUAAUCUUUCAGCUAUAUGUGUUGCUACUGUAAGAAAGGUGUUGGCAGACGGUUACCUCAUGAUUGGGAUCGAUGGCUCAGAGGCAGCAGAUGGGUCAGAUUGGUUCUGCUAUCACUCCACCUCUCCCUCCAUCUUCCCUGUAGGAUUCUGUGAAAUCAACAGCAUUGAGCUCACACCCCCGAGAGGGUACAACAAACUGCCAUUCAAAUGGUUUGACUACCUCAGAGAAACAGGUUCAAUAGCAGCCCCUGUGAAACUCUUUAACCAUGAGGUCCCAAAUCAUGGCUUCCGUGAAGGGAUGAAGCUGGAGGCAGUAGACCUGAUGGAGCCACGCUUGGUGUGUGUUGCCACUGUGACCAGGAUCAUUCACAGACUCCUGCGCAUCCACUUUGAUGGCUGGGAAGAUGAAUAUGACCAGUGGGUAGACUGUGAGUCUGCAGACCUUUAUCCAGUGGGCUGGUGUCAACUCACUGGCUACCAGCUACAGCCGCCUGCUGCACAAACCACAAGAGAAACACCUCCUAAUGUGACAAAGCAGAAAAAGAAAGCUCAGCAGUACAAAGGACAAAAGAAAAAGAGGAAGAUUCCAGUUGGGAGGAGGCCGGUCGGGUUUGGUGGGUCUCUGAGGAGGAGCAGUUUCUCAGACGACGAAGAGCAGACUCGACCCCAUUACGUGCCACACCCAUCUGGGUCCAGGCGACCUCCCACCUCAGGUGUGGGGCGUGAUUGCUCUCUCAACUCAGAGGCUUCGCUGCAGCUAAAGGAGGAGACUCCAGAGGUGGACGAGUUCACUUUCUCGCAGGGCAUCUCAGACCAAGAGAGCAACGGCUCUGGCAGUUAUUACAUCAAACAAGAGCCAUGAGCCCCGGCCCUGAUGGAGCCUUACCUCACUGCCAACAGCACUGGAAGAGCCCAUUCAGAGCGAUGCACACAGGACCUGGGAGAACAGGGUCACUUUUUUCCUCUUCCACACCAGGUCUUUUUCUUUUCAGGUAAGAAAAGCUGAAGAAAAGACAGUUUAGUAACAGUUUUGCAAGAUCGGUGUAAUGGGGAUUUUCUUUGGAAUGAGGAUAUUCUUGAUUUCCUGACUUUGAUCAAUUUGCCAGAUGGACUUUUUCCUCAGUGUUCAUUGUACUUGAAGUUUAUUUUUUAUCAUUUUUGUUUUGUUUUUUUUUUUCUUGUAACAUUUUCAGUAACAUUUUCAAGACCAUGUGUCUCAUGCGCUGAUUUAUUUCAAAAGCCCUUUUAUUUGGAUGGGUGUGCAUUCUAUAAGAGCAGUAAAAAUCUAUAUUGAUCUAUAUUGAUAAAGUAUAACCAUAUAUCUAUGACAUAUUAACUAAAUAGUAGAAUAGUGGAGCGAGGGUUAAUAUUACAUGUUGGUCAUAAACUUUCCUGGUAAGAAGAGGUAUAGCCUAAUGGAAAACACUGUCACAUUUUGCACUACAGGGAUGUAAAAUUAAAUGUAUAUCAGCCUGUGAAAAUGUUGAAGUUACAGCUUUAUCGUAAUAAGUGGCAAACAUACAAGAUGUAUAGUUUCUGAAAACUACAAAAUUGAAAGAGGGAAUAUUUGCUCUAGUCAGCAUUACGAUAUGCAAGAUCAUUUGUUUGACAUGAAGUCAAUGCUGAUUAUGUAUUAAUCUGUUGGAGCCAUUUUUUAUAAUCUGGUUUAAGUAUUCAAUGAGCCACAGAAUAAAGCAUAAGCAAAUUACAUGAUUACCAACAAAACACUACCUUGCCAUUAUGUUUGAUAAAGUAGCACAGCAGAGGAACUUUGGAAUGAGACUUCUGAUCAUGCUGUUUUUGUAUAAUGUGAGAUUUGAGUGAAUCUCUGAUCAUUAUGAUGCCAGUUUACCAGCCUCUCUGCUUGUGUACCAAACCAAUGAGCGAUUAAGCCUAUCCUGAGAGCAAUCAUCAGUCUGAUGUAUUUUAACCAUAACAUUCAUUCCAGAAUAAAGGUUUUUACUACCUCUUAAAUCAGUUUUAAAUAUACAUAGCUUAAGGGUUCUUGUGUAAUCGAGUUGGUUUUGUUGGUUCUGUAACUAUACCUUACUACAAUAGAUAGUUUUCACGUACCAUUGGAAGGACUAUAAUUCACCAUAUGCAAAAUAAGAGUUAAUAAGUUCACAUGCACUUGGGCAAACCAUAUAUUACACUUUACAAGUUACCAAACAUUUAUAUUUGUAACAUAGCAUGUUAUUGACAGAGUCCUUAAAAUGAAAGAAAAGAUAUGCAAUAAUACAGUAAUUCUAUGUUUUACGAUGUCUUAUUCUUAAAACAAAAAAAAAAAGACAACACAAAUAUAUGCUUACAUUCUAUAGAUCUAAAUCAGAUAUUCUUACAAUAUAUUGCAAAACUGUGACAAUUUUAUAGAAGCUAGACUUGAGCUUUCCCUGUUAUGGCAUAUGUUGAGUGUAUACAACCUAACUGUUAUAUAGAAAACAACCAAUAUUGUUUGCAUAGUGAUUUAUCGUAAUAUAAUUAUAAUCUCUAUGUAGUACCAGUAAGGCUGUUGGUGAAUUCUCAGGAAAUCUUGCAUUUCAUUGGCUUUUUAUUUGGAGUCUUUUGCUUUGUUAUAUUAUUGAAUCAAGUUUUCUUCAUAUUGACGAUUGAUGUGAAUAUCUUUUCCUUUUUUUCUAUAUUUACUUUCACUUGCAGUACCUCAUGGAAUAAUGCAGAACUCAGAAGCUAAUCAGAUUUUUUUAGUUUGUACUUAUCAUAAAUCCCUAUUACUCAAGUCCUGAAAGACCAAAGCACUGCGUAGUUGGAUGGUUUUUCCCUGUUCUCUUACACGUGAUUUAGGUCAAGAAGGCCUUGAAUCAUGUGACUGUGGAAAUCUCCAAAUUGUGCAGUAACCUGGACUUUCUUGAACACUGAUAAAUAACCGGUAUGGACCCAUUUACACCUCACUGUUAUGUAGAGUUUAAAAGGAUUAUUCAAAAUUAUUUCAAAAUUCAGAACCUAUAUACAUAUAUAUUAUUUUUUUUUUGGACAAACUUUGGUAUUAUUUUCUGUUAAACACUUUAUAUAGCCACAUAUGACAUCUGUUGAAGCAAUAACAUUCUCUGCUACAAUGUUGUCAUAUUGAAUCAGCUUUGGUUUAAGUGACUGGUUUGCUUUUGAAAAUGUACAUUUGUGAAAAUAAGUUCCUUUACUUCCAUUAGACUGUUCACUUGUGGUCUUCUAAACCAGUCCGAGUUUUCUAUAUAGGCUAUUCCUCCAAAUCAUAGCAUCAGGAUUAAGGUCAACACUGGUUUUGAUGUCAGCUCACUUUGGUAUUACUUUUCUUACGACCAAAAUCACCUAAUUGUUUGCAUAUAUUAAGACGCGACUGUUUCGAGGCAUGAGAUUUUUGCUGCUACCCUCAAAUGAAUCUUAACACACCCUAACGCACAACUUCACCUUUAAAGCAAAAUCUUUGUCAGCAAAUUUGAUGCCUUAUCCUCUUUUUUCAAUAUUAGACACACAAUUAAGGGAUUUCAAACAAUAAAAAAAAAGAAAAAAACACAAAAAAAGUGUAGUAGGACGAUAAUCAUCAGUGCAUGCAGCAAUGUGAGAAUCCGAUGAAGGCCAGUGCUUCUCUGGCCUUGAAUACUAACACGGGUUUUUUGUGAUAUUUUCCCUGUCCUUAGUAAUUACAUCAUGGUGCUAUAUAUUUGAUAACGCAUUCAUUUGAUCUAUGAGAGGAAAUCAAGUCUGUAAUUUUAAGGUGGAGACUGACUAUAAAAGUGAAAUAUAUUAAAAUUAAAAUUUGUAUUUUGGAUACAAGUAGCUGAAUGAUUUGUAAUAAUAAAAACUGAACUAACGUUAACCCUCAUGGUACAUAGAGGUGAGGGUUUUUGGGUUUGUAACUUUUUGAUAGUCUGUACAUGUUCUUUCCUCUGUUUCCUAUAUGAUCAUUUGUGCCGUGAUAAUAGGGUUUGAUAGCUUAUAGUGUAUAUACUUCAAAUGUGUGUUGGGGGGGCUCUCAUUGGUUGAGAAUGUUCAUUUGUUUACAUGCAUUGCAAACUGUUUCCGCAUGGCUGUGAAAAUGUAUCUGUUGAUUUUGGGGAAUAAAGAAAUUUUACACUGAAUUAAAGGAUGAUUUAAUCUCUUCCA